AUGGCUCCAAAACUUGCAAUCAUUAUUUAUACCACUUAUGGUCAUAUUGCCAAAUUAGCUGAAGAAGUUAAAAAAGGGGUUGAAUCUGCUGGUGGUAAGGCUGAUAUUUAUCAAGUUCCUGAAACUUUAUCUCCUGAAGUUUUAGCAUUAUUACAUGCUCCAGCUAAACCAGAUUAUCCAAUUGCUUCUAAUGAAACUUUAACUGAAUAUGAUGCUUUCUUAUUUGGUAUUCCAACCAGAUAUGGUAACUAUCCAGCUCAAUUCAAAGCUUUCUGGGAUGCUACUGGUGGUUUAUGGGCUAGUGGUGCUUUAUACGGUAAACCAGCUGGUAUUUUCGUUUCUACUGGUACUCCAGGUGGAGGUCAAGAAACUACUGUUUUAAACGCUCUUUCCGUUUUAGUCCAUCAUGGUAUUAUUUUCGUUCCAUUAGGUUAUGCUAAAGCUUUCCCUCAAAUCACCUCUUUUGAAGAAGUUCAUGGUUCUUCUCCAUGGGGUGCUGGUACCUUUGCCGGUGCUGAUGGUUCAAGAUCUCCAAAUAAGACUGAAAUUGAAAUUGCUCAAAUUCAAGGUAAAGUCUUUUGGGAAACUAUCCAAAAAUUUUAA